CAUUAUUAAAUCGUAAAUUAGUAAUCUAGCUAUCCCCCCACCCUAGCAAGCUGUGGGCUUGUGUGUCUGUUUAACCUGACAGAUUCGAUUGGAUAAACAAAUCGAAACAAGCAAACAGAACAACAGCCUUCGAGCAACACAAACAGACGGACAAAAACAACAAAUUGCUAAGGGAAAAAACAUUUUGCUAUUGCGAUAUUGCGCCGCCCCCCCGCGCCAGACAACCUUCAUUCCUUCCCGAAUCCUUUCGAACAACAAAGUCAUACGUAAAAACAACAGUCAAGAUGCCUAUGGUAAUGCCAUGUCGUUCGCGAGCCGCUAUGAAGUUACAUGCAGACUGCUAUGAUCGACUUAAGAGACCAAUUUAUUUGGAGGCGCCACCAACAACGGCCGUUGAGGAGGAGCGUAAGUGUGGCGUACGCAGGGAUAGACCAGUUAAGCCCAAGGAUCAAAGACGGCCCUUGCCACCAGGCACACGACCACCAAAUCCAUUACUAAUGCCCGGACAAAAGCCCAAGGCACCGGUUGGUGGCAGCAAAGCUCCACGUAAUCGCAAAUAUGAUGGAGCCAAGGCAACGUUCUUUCAUGUCAAGGGUCAAUCGUGGGAAUCCAAGGGCUAUGCAGAACUCUCACAAGGUGAACUAGAUCGCAUGAGAGCCUCGAGACCUAGGACCACUGAAGAACGUCGUGCCGAACAGGAUCGUCGUAUGGAGGAGCAGCAAUUUCAUACAGCCGAAGCCGAACGUAUGCGAAAUUAUUUCCAUGACAUCGAUGAACAGCGAAGGGAAAAAGAGCGGGAAACGGAGAAAAGACACAAUGACGAGGCCGAUGAGGAUGCAAAUGAAGAGCGCAGAAUUGAGGCCAAACGAUUGCAGGUCCUUCAUCGCGCUUUGGAUGCCAAAUACGAAUCAGACGAACGGGUAAAAGAUGCAACUCGUGCUAUAUCCGAAGCCAAAUGCAGUGCCAUGUGGACGGCUCAGAUACAGGAGAGAAAACUUCUUAAUCGCAUCCAACUCGAUCACGAUGAAGAGAUGGCACGCAAGAAUCGUGACUACAACAAUGCCAAAUGGGGCACCGUCGAGGAACAUGAUCAGGCCGAAGAAGAACGUCGACGGCAAUUUGGUAAUGCUGUCCGUGAACAAAUCAGCGAUCGUGAGAAGUUACGUUUCAUGGCCCAGGAUCGUUUGCGUUUGGAAGCCAAAGACUUACGGGCCGCAGUCGAUGAAUACAAGAGGGCUGAACUGGCCGAGGGUGAGACACGAUCAAAACGAAAGUCAGCCUACAGAGAUGAGCUAAAUAAAUAUACGAAAUUACAUCGCGAUUUCGUGCGAAUGAUGUGUGAGCAAGAUCAACGCGAUGAGAAUCGAGCCUAUGAGUAUCUCAAGCUAAAGGAGCAGCAAUUAAAGCAACAGAGGGCCGAACGUGAGGCCAUCGAAGCGGAUGAGAAACGUAAACGAGAUGUCCUCUUUGCUGUUGGGCAAAAGAUACUCGAUGCCAAGGAUAAUCGCGAAGAGAUGCAUUUCCUUGCCGAACAUGAACGUCUCGAACGUAAGUACAGGGAAAAUGAAAGGAAAGCGGCUGAAAAGGAAAGAAAAAUGGCUGCCGAUCUUAAGCGUGGGAAUAUGGAACAAAUGGAACAUCUUAGCCAAAUGAAGGCCUGCUAUUAUGUUCAACGUGAAAGGGAACUCAAGGAGAUGAUCGAAUAUCGUCGAAAGGAAGAGGAGCAACGUAAACGCGAGGCCGAUGAAGAGGCCCUUAAGAAGGCCUGUCUACGAGCAAGCGUUUCAUGCCAGAUUGAGGAGCGUGAAAAGACACGUCGCAGGGAAUUGGAAGCUGAACAUUUGGCCUUUGAAAGGGAAAGGGCAGCUGAGGCUCAGAGGCAGAAGGAAAUUGAUACAGUGAUCACCGUUAAACUAGAUGAUCUACAAAAACGUGGUUGUUUACCCAAUAUGGCUGUACGAUCGCUAAAGGGUCGUGUGGCAAAUGCUGGCAACAAAAAGAAACUUGGCUCUGAAUUUACUUAAGUUUUCUUCCUACAAAUUGAUGUUUCUCAAACCCAAACCGAAACACACACACACACACAGAAAGAGAUAUAUAUUUUAAACAUAAAACACACACAAACACACACAAGUUGACAAUGGCAUAGAUGAUGAUGGCUUUUAGAGCUUGGCGGUAUUAAAACUUGCUGAAUAUA